UCUCUUUGGAAGCGCUAAAACCCUCCGCGCUUCCUCUCUCGCCUCUUUCCAUUUUCUUGAUUUAAAAUCGCCAUUUAACAACUUCGCAUUUAUUUCAAGAAAAUCUCAAAAGAUAUACUUGACCCAGGUCGUUGAAAGUGACGGAGGCUGCUUCUCUCCCUAUAAAAACUCUUGGAAAAUCUCUUCAAAUCGCACCUGCUUCUCCCUUUCGAGUCUUUUUUCUCUUUCUUGCAUCAAUGGCGGAAAAAGAACCCGAUUCAAUGCGACCAUACCCUUCCCCGGCUCAGGUUGUAGAGGAGCUGAAGGAUCUCUGGAGCAUGGCUCUGCCGAUCACCGCUAUGAAUUUCCUCGUAUAUGUCCGAGCCGUAGUCUCCGUCCUCUGCCUAGGCAGGAUCGGAAGCUUGGAGCUCGCUGGUGGGGCUCUCUCCAUCGGCUUCACCAACAUCACCGGCUACUCGGUCCUCUUCGGCCUUGCUGCCGGUCUCGAACCCGUCUGCAGCCAGGCCUUCGGGUCCAAGAACUGGGACCUGAUCUCAAUAUCCUUCCAACGCACGAUCGUAAUCCUCCUGAUGUCGAGCGUGCCCAUCGGCCUCCUCUGGAUAAAUCUGGAGAAGAUCAUGGUUUCCAUGGGCCAAGAUCGUGAAAUCACUGCCGUCGCCGCUACCUACUGCUUAUAUUCGCUCCCCGAUCUGAUCACAAACGCCUUCUUGCAGCCGUUGAGAGUGUAUCUUCGAUCGCAGGGCGUGACAAAACCGAUGAUGUAUUGCUCGGCAUUGGCUGUGGUUAUUCACGUGCCUUUGAAUGUAGUCAUGGUGUUUGUGCUUGGGCUCGGCGUUCCUGGCGUGGCGAUUUCAGCGGUGCUGACUAACCUCAACAUGGCCUUGUUCUUGGUUGGGUAUCUGUACUGGUCGGGCGUGUGUGAGCUGACGUGGAAGGGAUGGUCUAUGGAUGCUGUUCGCAAGCUAUGGCCGUUGAUGGAGCUGGCCAUACCUAGCUGUUGUGGGAUUUGCUUGGAGUGGUGGUGGUACGAGAUCAUGACCGUCAUGGCGGGGUACUUGCCCAAUCCCAAGCUGGCCGUCGCUGCUACUGCUAUCUUGAUACAGACGACUAGCAUGAUGUAUACAGUUCCCAUGGCGUUGGCGGCUUGCGUUUCCACGAGGGUGGGGUACGAGCUGGGAGCGGGCCAGCCAGAGAGGGCGAAGCUGGCAGCGAUGGUGGCAUUGGGAUGCGCUUUUCUGCUUGGAAUCUUCAACGUCGCAUGGACGUCAGUGCUCAGAGAGCGAUGGGCUGGUCUUUUCACUCAAGACUCUUCGGUCGUGUCGCUUGCCGCUGCGGUCCUCCCUAUCAUGGGUCUCUGCGAGCUCGGCAACUGCCCCCAGACCACUGGAUGUGGUGUCCUCCGUGGCACCGCACGGCCCACCAUCGGCGCCCAGAUCAACCUCGCCUCCUUCUAUGGUGUGGGCACGCCCGUGGCCGUCUGGCUUGCCUUUUGGCUCAAGGUGGGCUUUCCAGGCCUGUGGUACGGUCUCCUCUCAGCCCAGAUCGCCUGCGUGAUCCUAAUCAUGUUUGUAGUGUUGCUGAGAACGGAUUGGACGGUGCAGGCCAACCGUGCUAAGAACCUGACCCAAGUGGAGAUGGGCAUGAUUGAUGGUGAUGGUGAUGGGGAGAUGGGUGGGGGUAUUGAUAAUGAGGAUGAAGAAAAGAAGGGAUUCUUGUCCACCGAGGAUGUUUUGUAAGGUCCACUACCGUAGCUGUUGGUGGCCCACUUCACAAAUUUUUUUUUUUUUUGGCUAAGGUGCCUUUGUUUUGUGUCAUCCACUUCACAUGUGAGAUAUAUGUACGGUGCAUAGACUAUAAUCACUAAUCCAACAACU